ACCACUGGCCGAAACCUCAACUCUGAAACCCUCCCCCUUUUCCGCGUUUAAAGUAACAUUUUAAAGUAACCGAGAAAAACCGACCGAACCUUUAAUUCGCUGUCAGUUCGAUCAGUUAUUGUAGGUACGUGUGAAUAUUAGUGCUGUGUGUAGCUGAUAACGAAUUCCGACUGCUGGAUUUUUAAACAUAUGCCAUACUGAAUUAAUAGGCGAACGCGUCCGUAUACAGUUCGUGCACGUUUAUUUUGUAAAGAAGAAGAAAGAGAGAAAACACAUACUGGCAAUAAUGGCUUUUAUUGCCAUUUGGAACUACUUAUCUUCCUAUUUCGUCGUUUUCGCGCUGUUUUCUCUACGCACAGUGCAAUGCCAGGCGGUGGAGGCGGAGAACGUGACGGUGCUGGAGGGGGGCACCGCGCAGAUCUCCUGCCGGCUGCAGAACUACGACGGCUCCAUCGUGGUCAUCCAGAACCCGCGCAGGCAGACGCUCUUCUUCAACGGCACCAGAGCUCUGAGGGACGACCGCUUCCAGAUGGUGCUCUUUACUCCCCUGCUGGUGCGCAUUACUCUCAGCAAUGUCAGCGUGUGGGACGAGGGGGGCUACUUCUGCCAGCUCUACACCGACGACACGCACCACCAGGUGGCCACGCUGUCCGUCAUCGUGCCCCCCGAGGUGCCCCUGGUGGAGGUCAAGGCGCAGCCGGUGGAGGGGGCCGAGGUGGAGCUCACCUGCGUGUCCGCCCGCAGCAAGCCGGCCGCCGUGCUGCGCUGGAUCCGGGAUCGCCUCGAGAUCCCAGGGGUGGUGUCCCAGCAGGACAACGGGAAGACUGUUAGUGUGUCGAACACCAUACGGAUCCCGGUGGACAGGAGGGAUGAUGGGACGGUGCUGAGCUGCGAGGCCUCCCACCCCGCCCUCGGGGUCCAGAGGAGGAUCCGCCACUACCGCCUGGACGUGCACUUUCCCCCUACGGUGCAUAUCGAGCCACCCCCCGGAAUCCUCACAGAGGGAGACUCUCUCACCCUCACCUGCUCCAUCACGGGAAACCCACUCCCGCGCUCCGUGCAGUGGUCUCGGGUGAACAGCACCCUGCCCGAGCGGGCGGAGAUCGGCGGCUCCACGCUCAUCGUCUCGCGGCUCAGCAGGUCGGAUAACGGCACGUACCUCUGCCAGGCCCACAACCUGUACGGCCGAGCCGCCGACCACUACACGCUGCUGGUGUACGACCCAGGGGCAGUGGUGGAGACCCACAGUGCAGUACCAUUCGCCGUGAUAGGGGGCGUCCUGGCGCUGUUGGUCUUUGCUGUCAUCUGUGUUCUCAUCGUCACCACCUGGUGCUCCCUCAGACAGAAAGGGUCCUAUCUGACCCAUGAAGCCAGCGGUCUGGACGAGCACGGAGAGGUCCAGGAGGCCUUUCUCAACGACGGUGACGUGCGGGAAGGGAACAAGGAGUAUUUACUGUAGCCCCCUGCUGGUCUUCCCCCAGAACUGCAACAAUACAGUGGGAUACCCUUUACACCGCACACCGCUUACAAAGCCAGAGAGAACAGAACAGGAGGGGAAAUUACUUCUCUUUUUGCGCCAAAUAUCGGAGAGGUGGUGGAAUGAGACAGAGACACAAAUGAUACGCAUACUGUGUGGAGAAGGUGAAAGGGAGAGAAUGAUUAAUGUCGGUGAGAGGAGUGAACAGUAACCUGUGUGAUUCUGUGUCCUUAAGAGAGUGAUUGAGAGAAAACGCAUUUUGACGAAUUAACUUUGUCUGCGGUUUGUGCCGUGUCGUUUCGGCUUAAAGUUCUUCCCCUGGGGCUCUGUGUGUUACUGUUCCUUCUCUCCGUCUCUCUCAUUCUCCACCUGUCUCCUUUUGUGUGAUAAAAAAAGUGAGCGAUAAUAUUGCAUCUCCUCUCUUGAAAGAAAUGAAAAGAACAUAAAGACAUUGAAAGACAUUUGACAAUAGGGAGAAUAAAAUAAACUUUCGUAUAAAAAAGCCAACCAAAAGUAUGAAUAAGGAGGAAUAAAAGAUAUGUGACAGACUGAGAAGGUGCAAAAGAAGUACUGCUAUUUUUUGGACGAUGUAACACAGAUACAUAUAAUUCUUCAAUGACCUAUCUCUGAAUUUAAACUAUUUGUACAUAUAUAUUAAAAAUCCUGUUAAAAAGAGAAAUUAUUUACCAUGGAAAGAAUUCUGAUGCAAUGUUACUUUACCUGAAGGUCAAGUCUAACGGUCCAAAAUGCACAUUUUCUUGUAUUAAAUGAUCUUAAAAAAACAAUAAUCAUUUGUUAUUAUCAUUUUUAGUGCUCUUCUUGUGGUUGCUUCUAUAAACUACUAUUUCUUUGUCUGUUUCUUGCACCCUGUCUUUCUGUCCCCAGCGUGACAAAUUCUGUACAUUGCCUCCUGUCUCACUCUAAACUGCCCUGUCCGAUUGUGUAUGUCUCUCUUCUGCCGUCUCUUCCACUCAUUCUCACGCGUCCUGUGCAGCCGCUCACACAGCUCACCGAUGUGUGUCCGUACGGGGAGAGACACGAAAC